AUGAAGAGUAUCAUGAUGUCUCGCUCAAAGGCACAGAUGGAGUGCUGGAAUCGAGCAGCCUUGUCUGUCCGUAGCAAGUACUUCAAGACCAUGUUCAAAAAGGGUGGAUUCAAGGAAUCCACCGAUGCAGUAGUAUCCAUUGGAUUGUUUUCUGGCAAGGUCCUCCAGGCAAUUGUGGAGUAUAUCCACACCGACACUGCCACCAUUUUGGCUAAACAUGCGGAAGGCGCCAUUGGAGAAAACGCAUCUGAAACUGCUGCUGAUCACAUGAACGAAUUCCGGACAUUGGCAUCGUUGACAGAAGCAGCCAUGUUUGUGGGUUUGCCAGGCCUCUGUCGAAAGACUCAGAAUUGCAUCGGUACCUUCCUGAGUUUGAUGCCCUCCAUGGCAUUUGCUGUCUUGGCAGCAUCCAAACAAGAGGGACCUGUGAUUUCAUGGGAGUUGACCAAUCAUGCUUGGAGAAUCUUCUCCAGAACCACUGGAUUCCUGGAUGAAGUUGUUCUACAGCACAUCUCUGACACUGUGCUGUUGGCGUUAAUUCCAGACGCCAAGGCCAAGAUUGACAUGACACAACUCUUCAAUCUAAUCCAUUCUUGGUCCCAGGGUGAGCCAUCCCUCCCUGAUGAAGACCGCCAAAAUUAUGCCAAGGCCAUGGUUCAAGACCAUGUGGAACUUGACUUGAUGGACCCAGAUGAUUUAUCUGCCUUGGUAGAAACGUCUGGCUUGGUGACCAAAGAUCAGCUGUAUGAUGUCUUCAAGAAGCAAGCCAAGAAAGCCAAGCACGAUCAUGAUGUUUCCUUUUCCCGGCCACCGUUGGAUUUUGUUUUGGUGGAGUGGAAGAGGGCCCUUUCAAAACAGUUUAAAGUUCGGUCCGGAACUAGGUGGAGAAGUGAUUCUCUGAAAGUACCUGCUGUUGAAGAUGGAGCAAAGGUUUGCUGGACUGUCACCAUCCAUGCUAGGACUACUGGUCUCACAGAAGCGAUGUUUGGCUUGGUUUGGCCAAAUCUACCUCUAAUGUCGACGCCACUGCAUUUUGCGGCUCUCAACGCUACUGUUGGGGUGUCCUUGGUAGCACGGGAAAAGAGUAUUCAUAUCGGAACCGUGAUCGAUACCUUGGCGAAAAUACCAAAUUCGGAGCAGGAUCUCGUGUCACUUUGA